ACGCCGGCUGGGCGCGUCCGGGACUUACUCCCUUCCGCAGGGCAGCACCCAGGGACCUGAGUGUUGCAAGGUGCGAGAGGGGAGCGCCGCGGGGAGCGCCGCGGGGAGCGCCGCGGGAAGCGCAUGGUGAGCGGUUUCUGCUGUGCCCGGCUGCCGCGGGUCGAUUCCAGCGCCUCCCUCGGGACGCAGGGCGUUUUCCUUCCUGGAGGGCCUGUGGAGCGGAGGCCCGAGGCCUAGGGCAAACUUGCCAUGAAGAAAGGAGAGGCUGUUCGAGAGCCCUAGGCUGGGAGUCGGAGGACCUGGGUUCGAUUUAUACAUACUUGAGCAUGUCAGUGAACUUCUGGGCACUUUAGUUUUCUGAUUUCCAGAAGUAAAUACUGUUUCCUGCCUUGCCGUUUCCCAAAGUUGUGCGGGUUGAAUGCCUCAAAUUCCUGCCUUUCCUCAAGAGAAGAGCCCCCAGGAGAAAAGCCAGUAUUGCUUGUGCUCCUAACAACCUGUCUCUUGAGAGGCUGAUCAUCAGGGGUUCACUUUCAGAGAAGUUGAGAAUGCAGGCUGAACAAGGAAGAGGAAGGGGAAUCCUGCAGGGAUGAAUGAGAGGACAGCAAUGCAUGUGUGAUGUGUGUGAGCACAUACACACAGUAACCUUUCCUAGGAGAACUGUAUUACUCUAAUGAUAAUCACCUUUGAGGAAAAAAAACUUGUAAGUAUGAAUUUGGUGUUACAAGCAGCAUGAAUUCCAGCCAAAUAUCACUCAGAAUGAAACAUGGGAGAGUUAACAUGCAGAAGAAACCUUCAAAGUGUAGUGAAUGUGGAAAGUUCUUUACUCAGAGAUCAUCUCUUACCCAGCACCAGAGGAUUCACAGAGGAGAGAAGCCCUAUGUGUGCAGUGAAUGUGGAAGUUGUUUCCGUAAACAGUCAAAUCUUACUCAACAUCUGAGAAUUCAUACCGGAGAGAAACCUUAUAAAUGUAAUGAAUGUGAGAAAGCCUUUCAAACAAAAGCAAUUCUUGUUCAGCAUCUGAGAAUUCAUACUGGAGAGAAACCCUAUAAAUGCAAUGAAUGUGGAAAAGCCUUUUGUCAGAGCCCAUCCCUUAUUAAACACCAGCGAAUUCAUACUGGAGAGAAACCAUAUAAAUGUACAGAAUGUGGCAAAGCCUUCAGUCAGAGCGUAUGCCUUACUCGUCAUCAGAGAAGUCAUUCUGGAGAUAAACCUUUUAAGUGUAAUGAAUGUGGGAAAGCCUUUAAUCAGAGUGCAUGUCUCAUGCAGCAUCAGAGAAUUCAUUCAGGAGAGAAGCCCUACACAUGCACUGAAUGUGGUAAAGCCUUCACUCAGAACUCUUCCCUUGUUGAACAUGAAAGGACUCACACUGGAGAGAAACUUUAUAAGUGUAGUGAGUGUGAAAAAACUUUCCGCAAACAAGCACACCUUAGUGAGCAUUACAGAAUUCAUACUGGAGAAAAACCUUAUGAGUGUGUUGGAUGUGGGAAAUCCUUUAGGCACAGUUCAGCACUUCUUCGACAUCAGAGGCUUCAUGCUGGAGAGUAAAAUUUGGAAUAUAAUGAGUAUGGGAAGAUUUGUAUGGAAGCACCUUUUUUUUCUCCUAAAUUCCUAGGAAUGUAAGACUCAAUCUGUAGCUAGUAUGAAUAUUUUGUAUUUUGAACAAGAAAUGUUGUGUCCUAAUGUGUCCUAGUCUGCAGUUUGAUGCCUUAUCUGCUGCUCAGUGGCUGUAACCUUAUCCCUUCUGAGCCUCAGUUUCCCCAUUCCCCCCAAUAGAAAAAUGGGGAUAUUUCCUAGGGUUGUCCUGAGAAUAAAAUGAGUUCUGUGUGACAGUUAACUGCCAUUAAUUAGCCAUUCUAAAAGUUUAUUUACAAUAUCAAAAUCUGACAAGUAAAUCAGCAUUGUUGUUUGGUUCUCAUAAUGUAUUAUUUCUUAAGAACAUUUUGUAAUUGGGCUAUGAUUUUAUGAUCUACAGACGUCUAUUUAAACUAUAAUGUCUUGGUUUAAACAGGAUAAUACAAUCUAAGACUGGUUUGUCCUUGAGAAAUUUCAGAUUUAAUCAGAGAAAAAUGUACUGAUUGGGAUUUGAGUGGACGUUGUGGGGUGUAUUUCUGGAUACCCUCAAGAUCUUCAUUUAAAUUUUGAUACUUUCUAUUACUAGAUCUAAUUUGAUUUUAAGCUCUAAGUUUCACUUUUCCAUUAAACGGAAAGCCUCCCUGACAUUAACUGAAUAAAACCUCAUGUUGUGGGACUUCUGUGUGUGUUUAGGGUUGGCAGCAGAUGAUUAGGAGAAGGCAUAUGACAGUAGAGAGGACUGGAAUAUAGAGGAGAAUAUAAGCAUGUGGAUGAGGAUGUGGCUGUAUUUGUUUUGAGUUCUAGGAGCACAGCACCAAAUGUGGUCUCUUAAGGGAAGAUGAGGGUAGAAGAUGUUAAGAUCCCAGGUUCCAGCAACUGAUGCCACUGACUAACAACUAGCCACUUGUCAAAGGAAGGAGAGAACAGUGUCUUGGGGAUGCUGAUGGGUUGGAGUGCCUAAUGGCUCAUUAAAAGCCAUGAAAAAGCAAAGAAAUCAAAGGAUACUUUUGAUGGAGCUUUAGGCUAUGCUAAGCUCUUUAAUGUAAACAAGCACCUCUAACGCUAAAAGCACGCUUGCAAGAAAGGUAGGAGUUACUAUUCACAUCCUAGAGUCAAGGAAAAAGAGAAGAUGUUUGACUUGCUCAAAGUCAAGCAGGUAAUGUCAGAAUUGAAUCUCAAAUCUAUAUCUUUAUAGAUUUGCAGUUCUGGUUUAUAUAAUACCAAAGUCAUAUACAGGUAAUUUCCCACCAUUGAACCUUCCUGUUGGUGUGAGAUGCCAAAUCUGUGAAAACCAGACACAGGUGGCCAGGUGGGUGUCGAACUCCUGACCUCAAGUGAUCCGCCUGCCUCAGCCUCCCAAAGUGCUGGGAUUACAGGUGUGAGUCACCACAUCUGGUCGGAUUUUAACUAUUCUAAUAGGUAUGUAGUGGUAUUAAUUGUUUUAAUCUGCAGUUCACCAAUAAUAUAUGAAUUUAGCAUCUUUUCAUAUGUUUGCCAUCUGUAUAGCUUUGGUGAGGUAUCUGUUAGAGGUUUUGCCCAUUUUUAAUUGGAUUGCUCAUUUUCUUAUUGUUGAAUUUUAAGUGUUCCUUGUAUAUUUUGUAUAACAGACCUUUAUCAGAUAGGUCUUUUGCAAAUAUUUUCCUCCCAGGCUGUGGCUUAUUUUCUCAAUCCUUGAUUCCUUCUCUUUACUUUUUUUUUUCUUUUUUCUUUUUUUAAAGAAAUGGUAGCAUAAUAUACACAGUUGUCCAUUUUUUAAGACUAAUCCAUCUCACAGAUUGUUCUGUAUCAGUAAAUAAAGAUCUUUCCCCCACCCUU